AUGGGUUGCGCCGACUACUGGACGAUUGCGCUGCGGACAAAGUCCUUUUACGAGGUCGACGCGGAGAAAUUUGUCUUUUUCUGGCCGCUCGCAAGCCGCGUCGCGCGGUACCCGGCCUUCCAGUGCCUCCGCUUCCAUCGGCUCUACCUUUUUUUUGCGGUGUUUCUCAUUCAAUUUUUUUGCGGCUCGCUCUACGCCGUCUUUGUCAUUGCCAACCCGAUGAACGUCUACUUUGGCUUUGACGCCAACGGCAACGAAGCGACAACGAUGCUCUUCGCGGCCGGUGCGUGUAGUAUCGCGUCCCAGGCCUUCUUCGGUCCGCUUCUUGAGCGCCAGGGACCGCGGCGCAGCAUGACGGUCAGCAUUGGCUUGCUCGCGCUCGGGCUCCUCCUCGCGCAGUCGGCGGUUUGGACGCGAACGUGGGCACUUCUGCAUAUCGGAUGCUACCUCCUCGCGAUCGCGUUUGGGGCCAUGACGAUUUCGUCCAUGGCGACCGCGCUCAAGUGGUGUCCCGACCUUCGAGGCACGGUCACGGGCUGCUGCAUCUUUGGGUACGGCCUUGGCACCGGCAUUGUGCGCGCACUCUUACACGCCCUCCUCGACAACUACCCGAAUACGCUUCGCUGGACGUUUGGCAUUUCGUUUGCUGUCGCCAUUCCGCUUCUCGCGCUCGCGACGCUCAUACUACGGACGCCGCCGUCCGACUUUAGCGUCCGCGGUCACGACAUGCACUGCAUUCCGCUCGAGAAGGCGCCAAACGCUGACAUGGUCCAGGAUGAGUUUCUACGGGUCGGCAUGACGCUCGUCAACUACAGUGUGGUGGGCGGCAUCGAAGGCACCGAUCGGCAGUACCACGAGCAAGUGCGCGCGCUCACGCUCUCGCAGUGCAUCCUCUCGACCGACUUUGUGUGUCUCUACAUUGCGUUCGCGGCCAACGCCCUCGUCGGCCUUCUCUACAACGACAUGCUGGCACUGCGCGUCGACCACGACCUCCUCGUUGAAUGGUGCCGCGUCUCGCCCGCCAAAGCCGCGUCCAUUCGAUUUUACGGCCUCCUCAUUGAUUUCGGCAGCCGUGUCUGCAUCCCAAUGCUCUCGGACGUGUGCAUCCGGCUCUUCUAUGCCAACCCCGCGGUCGUCCGCAAAUUUGUGCUCGUGUUCUUGCUCUUGGUGCCGUGCAUAGCACUCCCGAUGGUCUAUUUCAACAGCACCAACCUCGCCAAGAUUGCGUACAUUGAAGGGCUUCUCUACACCGUCCAGCUGUGCGCGAGCGGCGGCGCGGCACUCAUCGUGUGCUUUCUUGCUGACAUGUAUGGCGUGUACCAUGUCGGCACCAUGUACGGCCUCAUCUCGACCAGCUGGGUCCUCGACCGCGCGCUUCUCGGGCUUGCGCCGCUCAAUGUACUUCAUGACUUGACGAGCCGGCUGGGUCUUGUCUGGUACUGCUCGCUGGCCGGACUCUUUUUGAUGUUGUUUGUGCGCACGGACUCGAAAGACCGGUUUUACCGCGGCUACCAGCUCACAGUGUGCGGCAAAGUGCUCGUGCAGCGGCCGGCGCGGCGGCGGGUGUCGGACGAUCUCAAGGUUGGCAUGAUGGGCGUGUCAUCGGACCCGCCACCGCAGUCGUUUUUCCUCUGGGACUCGGCGCGCCAUAGUCUUAGCGACGACGAUGCGCUCUUACCAACGCCGCGACUGUAACUGAACGGUGUAUAGAUAGUGAAAUUAUUUGUAUCCCUUGCGUCC